AAGGUCCAACUCUGUUAAGUUCAGUCUCAUUUUACAGAGAAAUGAGGAGAGAGAGAAGUGUUUCGUCUUGUUCCUUGAGAGGCUCAACUUCGGCUUUCUUUAACACUGAAGCACCGUAAACAAACAUAUUCUACUAAUCAGUCAUUAAUCUUCGAUUUAGAAAUUUAAUUAAGCUCCUUUGCCUUUUAUUUCUGCAUUAUAUUGCAGACUUACUGAGCUACAGAGAUCGAAACUGUUCGAUUCAAUUUUCUUUCCCUAGAAGCAAAAUGAUGUCUCCGAAACCAACCGGUGAAGAUAGAGGAUCUCCUCAUUUCAGGCACACCCCUUUGCAGAUAAUUCAUAUUAUUGGAAACUUCUUGAGAAUAUGGUCUGUUUACUCCAUGUAUCGUUAUUUGUCUCAAACCGGUGCUUCAGUGGUACUCUUUAUCUUUAGUUGUCUGGUUCCAUCGUCCAUACUGUUCUUAACUUUGCAAAAGCCUUGGAAGGGGAGACCACUCUCUAAUCAACAAGUAGUGCCAUCUAUCAUAAAUGGUGCCAUAACAGCUUUAUACUUCAUCUUGUGGGUAAAGGGACUCAAGUCAUGUGGGCCACUUAGAGCUAUAUUGGCGGAGUACUCUGGUGCUGUUCUUGGAGUAUUAUCUGCUGCAUUAUAUGGUCGACGAAGCCAUCUAUGGAAAAAGGUAGGUGGACUGAUUGCAAUGCUGAUGUCUUUCUACUUUUUAUCUCAAGGGUGGGCGAUGGCUACAUAUUCUCCGUUUUCAUUCAAAGACACUGAUGAUGCUGAGGACCACACAGAAGAAGUUUUGAGCUUUAAAGAUAUGAUAAUUCCAAUUCUUGCUGGAAUAUUAUCAGCUUUAAGAAGGGUAAUUGCAAGGCGUGUUUCACUCAAGAAUCAACUUAAAAGGAGGCUUCAUGCAAUAACAAUUACCUCUGCAACGUGUUUUCUGUUUCCUGUGGCCAUGUGGGAUUUCAUUAUUGGAUCAACCUCUGAUAGCAGCAUUGAGUUGCCGUUUUCAGCUUGGGCAUUUCUGAGCACUAUUCUUUUUGGAGUUAUCUUGAUAUUUUAUGUUGAUGGUGUUGCAGAGGAGAGAUUGCACAUGGUUUUCUCUUCUCCAAGGCACUUAUUGGUAGCUGGAGGAUGCAUCAUUAUUUUAGAAAUUGUCUACAAAAUGGACUUCUCUCUACCAGGAUUCAUCAUUUGCGCAUUGAUUUUGGGCUUUGGCAUAUAUCAAGCCACCUCUUUGGAACGAAGUAAAAAGGGUUCUUUGCAGCAUUCAGACCCAUCAAAUGGCAUUCUGGAAGAAGAAAUACAAAUGGCUUCACUGCCAACUUGAAAGCAUCAACGUUUCUCUUUCAAGAUCAUCGGAUAUACACAACACUUUGAGCAAGUUUCACAGCAAGUAAACUGUUUUUCUUUAACAUGCUUAUCACCUUUUCUGAUGCAAAUGAAGCAUUAAAUUGAAUAUUGAGGAAAAAUGACAAGUCUAUAGUUAGAUACUCUUACAUGCAUAAUUCUCAUUGAUGGCUGACUGGUUGUAGGAAAGUGUAUAGAAAUCCUGUAAAUGCAUUCGAAGCACUUGAUUUUUUGAUCUGUUGUUGUAGCCUUCAUAUUUCUAAACUUACCCAAAACCAUCUAAUUCUGGGCUUAUACUCCCCAUAUCACGUGCAUGUUCACCCAUGCUCUGCCAUUUUCUGUAAUUUUUUUUUUAGGAGAUCGAGUUUGAUUACUGUUUAUCCUUUAUUUUAUUUAUUUAUUUAUUCAAUCUUACUGUUUA